AUGGCUUCGCUUUUUUUGCUUCUUUUAAUCGUCGGAUUACUGACAGAAUGUAAAGGAAUACAUAAUGAUUUAUUUCCUUUUCGAAAUGUAUCAUUGGACUGGCCAGUACGUGUUGAUGAUCUUGUUUCACGUCUUACUGUACAUGAAAUUAUUGAUCAAAUGGCAUAUGCAGGUGGAUGGGAUGCUGGUGUCACACCUCCCAUACCUCGAUUAAAUAUUCUACCAUAUUCAUGGGGUACAGAAUGUUUACGAGGUGAUGUAAGUGAAAAUUCAACAGGUUUUCCACAAGCAAUUAGUCUUGCAUCAACAUGGAAUAAAGAAUUAGUAAAAGCUGUAGCAAAUGCAACAGCUUAUGAAGUUCAUGCACAUUAUAAUCUUUUUACUAAAGAAGGUUUAUAUGGUGUACAUCGUGGUUUAAGUUGUUUUUCUCCUGUAGUCAAUAUUAUGCGACAUCCAUUAUGGGGUAGAAAUCAAGAAACGUAUGGUGAAUGUCCUUAUCUAUCAGGCAUGUUUGCUAUUUAUUUUGUUCAUGGUCUUCAAGGACCAUCAUCUGCACGGUAUCUUAAUACAAAUGCAGGUUGUAAGCAUUUCGAUACACAUAAUGGACCAGAAAAUAUACCUGUAUCACGAUUUUCAUUCGAUGUUAAAUUGUCUGAAUUUGAUUGGCGUUCAACAUUUCUUCCUGCAUUUCAUGCUUGUGUAAAUGCAGGUAGUUAUGGUAUAAUGUGUUCAUAUAAUUCUAUUAAUGGUGUUCCAUCAUGUGCAAAUAAUCGUCUUUUAGCUGAUAUACUUCGUAAAGAAAUGAAUUUUACUGGUUAUGUUGUUGCUGAUGAUGAUGCGUUAAUAUGUAUUAAUAGUGAACAUCAUUAUGUUGAUACAAAUGAAGAAGCAGCAAUUGUUGCAUUACAAGCUGGAGUUAAUUUAGAAUUAGCAGAUUCACCUGGUGCAACAAUGUUUGAAUUAUUACAUCAAGCAUAUAAUGAAGGAAAAGUUAAUAAUCAAACAUUAAUUGAACGUGUUAAACCUUUAAUGUAUACAAGAAUGCGUCUUGGAGAAUUUGAUCCUCGUGAAAUGAAUGAUUAUAAUAAAAUACCGAUGGAUGUUAUUCAAUGUGAAUCACAUCGAAAUUUAGCACGACAAACAGCAUUACAAUCAUUUGUUUUACUUAAAAAUCAAGAUAAUUUUUUACCAAUUCGUUAUCCUCAAAAAUUUCAAAAUGUUCUCUUUCUUGGACCCAUGUCAAAUAAUCCAAUGCAACAAUAUGGUGAUUAUUCACCUAUUAUUGAUCCUUAUUAUGUAACAACACCAUUGAGUUCUUUACAAGAUAGUUUUUUAAAUACAAGUUAUAAUGAAGCAUGUUUAGAUGGAACAAAAUGUUUAAAAUAUAAUCAAACAGAUAUAAUAAAUUAUUUAAAAAUCAAUUCAUUUGAUUUAAUUAUACUUUCAUUAGGUACAGGACCAGAUAUUGAAUGUGAAGGUAAUGAUCGUGUAUCAAUGAAUCUACCUAAUAAUCAAUCACAAUUACUUGAAGAUGUACUUAAUACAAUAAAUGUUGAAAAAACAAAAAUUCUUCUUCUAACAAUAUCUGGUACACCAUUAGAUAUUCAAUUAGCACAACAAUCAAAUAAAAUACAAGCAAUUGUACAUGUAGGUUUCGCUGCACAAGAAUUAGGUGAAGCACUUAAAAUGGCUCUUAUUGGUGAUGGUAUUUCAAAAUUUGGUCGAUUACCUUUUACAUGGCCAAAAAAAUUAAGUGAUAUUCCUGGUGAUUUAACACGAUAUGAUAUGACAAGUGGUUUUACAUAUCGUUAUUCAAAAAUUGAACCACUCUAUCCGUUUGGUUAUGGUUUAUCUUAUUCAAAUUUUUCAUACAAUGAUCUUAAGUUUAAUGCAACAAAUAUAAUAGCCGGUGAUAGUUUAAAAAUUUCGUUUAAUAUUAAAAAUAUAGGUGAACGAAUAUCAGAUGAAGUUGUUCAAAUUUAUUUGACAAUUCAUUUAAAAAAUACUUCUUUAACAAAUGUAUCACGAGCGCAAUUAGUUGAUUUUGAUCGAUUAUCAGAUAUUGAACCAUUAGAAACUAUUAUGUAUCAAGCUAUUAUAAAACCACAACAAAUGGCCGUUUAUAUUGAUGGAAAAGGUUUUAUGAUUGUCCCGGCAACAUUAGAGUUUCAAAUUGGAAGUUUUAUUCAACCAUAUCUAUCUGGAAAUAUCAUUAUUGAUGGUCCAGAUUAUUAUAUUGGACAAUAUAUUUCUUAUGCGAGUAUUUAA